AUGCACAGAAUUUCCACGUCCGCUUCUCGCAGCCUGCCGAGGGAUGACCUCAGGCGCUACAGCUACAAGCUCUCGUAUCCUGACGAAGAACGUCAGGGAGUCGGGCAACGGGUGCUACCAGACGUGUGCCGGUGCCCGCUGCCAGAGCGGCCAGACGCCUGGAGCGACAUCACGUGGCGGAAGUUCCUCACGGCGAUGGCGCGCUUGCCUUGCAAGGGAAAGAGGUGGCGCCGCCCCAUGGGAAGACGAAGAGGAGACAAAAAGUCAGACGAUACCGGGGAGCAGCAAAAAGCAGAGACCGGAACACCGAGAGCUAGCACUACAAGCGGCGACUAUUGUGUAGCUGGGUGA